CAUGGAGAACAGAGUAGAACAAAGGUGAAUGAGAGAGUGACUAAAGAGAGGGGCAACUCAGGAAAGUUUGUAAUAAGAUCAGCCAGAAACAGGGAUUGUAUAUCCACACAAGGCAGGAGUGAGAAACCAAGACAAGUUCUAGCUGGCUGCACACGGAGAAGAUGGAAUACGCCAAGAGGUCACUCAGUCUGCUGUCUCCCACGUCCCUCUCCAAGUGUGUGACGGCCAGUGUGACAGCCAGCGCCUCCAUGACCCAGCAGCUUCUCACAGGCCUGACCCCACGCCUCAAGCCCUUCCGGGUCGUCAACGCAGACCGCAGCGUCAGGAAGGGCGUCAUGGCAGAUGGGCUGCGGGAUCUGCUGAACAAGGUGAUGGACGCAAUGCACGUGUCUUGCGUGAGUGCUCUGGUUCUGGAUGAGGACGGGACAGGGGUGGACACAGAGGAAUUCUUCCAAACGCUGCAGGACAACACUGUCUUCAUGGUCCUAGAGAAGGGGCAGAAGUGGACACCUUCGCAGGACGGCCCUCGCCAUGCACAGCUUAAUGACCAAUGGCCCAAGCGGAGGAAGGAUGUUGCACGGCUGACCUUUGACCUGUACAAGAACAACCCCCAGGAAUUUAUUGGCUGUCUGAAUGUGAAGGCUACACUGUAUGGCGUAUACUCUGUCUCUUACAACCUGCGUUGCUAUGGAGCCAAGAGGAUACUGAAGGAGGCACUGCGUUGGACUUUGUUUACCAUGCAAGCCACUGGCCAUGUCCUGUUGGGCACCUCUUGUUAUGUACAGCAGCUAUUGGACGAGGAGGAGAAGGCUGAGGAAAUGAUGGCCAAGGUGCCUGAAGACAUGCCCAAGCAGAUGCAGGCCAUCCAAUGGAGGAAGACGGGGAUGUGACCUCAGGUUCAGAACUGAAACAAUGGGAAGGGAUUGGCUGCCUGGAAGUGGUGGAUGAAGGCUGUGUAACCAGGGGCAAUGCCAUGACAAAGGGAGGAGGAGGAUGAUGUCACUAUUAUGAUGUCAUAGUUCUGUGCCAUGGCAGGUGUCAUGGUAUCAUCUGCCCAUUGUAGGAUGCAGUCCUUUUCCUGUAGGAUUUCUUUGGGGGCAAGUGAAGACUCCAUGUCUGCCCAGCCCUCUCUUUCCGCUGGUAAUGCUGCUGUCACUUUGCCCUGUACUGUUACAUGUCUGUGUGUGUGCAUAUGUAUAUAUACAUGUAAGUGUCACUGCCAGAGAGGUGAUGGAGAGACUGCAAUCUAAAUGAAUGUCACAUUCCUCUUGCCUCUGUCCUUUGAAUGCCAUCCUCACCUCACAACACUAGCUGCAUUUUUACUGGUUCAGAGUUUGUUAGGCACAAAAGAUUGCUGUUUGUUUCUGUGUGUCAACUGGCUGUCCCAUUCAAUGUUUUU